AUAAAAUUUUAUUAUUUAAAGAAAAGCAGUAAAUAAAAGAGAUAAGGAAGAGCCCGUGUGGAGGUGUCACGUGUUGUUUUCGAUAUAAGACAGGCAACGGUUUUUCAGGGAUUAAUUAGGGCAAUAAGAUUUUUAAGGCUUAUUUGGAGUUUACACGUAUUUAAAUUGUUCUUAGCUGAUAACAAAAAAGUCAUGAUGACCACCUUGUCUUAUGUACGUGUAAGUAAAUAUAUACACAUAGCUGUACAUGUAUUUGUGUACGUCGAACAGUGUUGCCCCCUCGUGUCCUGUUCAUUAAUUAUGAUAUUUGGCCUAUAAAAUGUCCAUGCUAGCUACCAUUCUCAAUUUAACUUACAACAAAAGCUCAGCAGAACAUCUUAGGGAGCAGCAGACUGGAAUGAUGAAAGCUUUUUCUUUCUUCUCCAAAAUCGUACUAAAGAAAUCAGUACUCUCGCUUUAUCUCCUACUUCUCAAGUCCCAAUAUCAUUAUGAUCAGACCCAGUACGAAAGGACAUUCAAGAAAUUACCCACCAGCUCCGGCCUCGUCAAGUUUUCAAACCAUUCAGUGAUUUUCAACUUAGAGGGUGCACUGUUAAAAUCGUCUUCUUACUUUCCGUAUUUCAUGUUGGUGGCGUUUGAGGCGGGAGGGGUGUUAAGAGCUCUUGUUUUGCUACUAUUUUACCCUUUGAUCUGGCUGGUUGGAGAGAAGCGGGGGACGAAGAUCAUGGUGUUUGUAUCUUUUGCAGGGAUUAAAAAGGACAGGUUUAGGUUGGGAACCUCUGUUCUGCACAAGUUCUUGUUAGAAGAUGUUGGGAAUGAAGGGUUUGAUGUGAUGAUGAGAUGUAGAAGAAAGGUGGGGGUGACCGAGUUUCCAAGAAUCAUGGUGGAAGGUUUCUUGAAAGAUUAUAUGGGAGUUGAUGGUGUUAUUGGAAGAGAGUUGAAAGUGUUGAAUGGGUAUUUUGUUGGGAUUAUGGAAGCCAAAACGACAGGUAGGAAUGUCGUUAAUGAGGUUCUCGGUGAUGAGAUAAUGUCAUGUAAUGUUAUUUGUAUAGAUGGAUCCAAUAAGUCCAUUGACCAACAACUCUUCUCUUCUUGCAAGGAGAUAUACAUGGUCACAGAAGCAGAGAAAAGGAGCUGGCAAACCCUUCCAAGGAAGAGAUAUCCAAAACCUUUGAUCUUCCAUGACGGAAGAUUGGCAUUCAGGCCAACCCCACUUGAGACCCUACUCAUGUUCAUGUGGCUUCCACUUGGCUUUCUAGCUUUCACCUUCAGAUUAAUUACUCCCAUCUUAUUACCUUACAAGGCGUCUCUACCUGCUCUAGCCAUGUUCGGAUUGCGGAUCACUAUUUCUACUACUACCACUACUAUUACAAAACACAAUCCUAAUAAUAUCUUGUACGUGUGCAACCAUAGAACUCUACUAGACCCAAUUUGUCUUUCUCUGUGUCUCAUGAACUCUCUCACUGCAGUCACAUACAGUUUAAGUAGGUUCAAUGAGUUGAUCUCCCCAAUCAGGACCGUCCGUUUAGUGAGAGAUCGAGAGAAAGACAAGAUGACUAUGGAGAAGAUGUUGAGUCAGGGUGACCUUGUUGUGUGCCCAGAAGGAACCACUUGCAGAGAACCCUAUCUCCUCAGGUUCAGUCCUCUGUUUGCAGAGAUGACUGAUGAGAUAGUUCCUGCUGCUCUUGAUAUGCAGGUUACCAUGUUCCAUGGUUCCACCGCCAGUGGACUCAAAUGCCUAGAUCCAGCCUUUUACUUGAUGAACCCACAUCCUGUCUACUCUAUCAAGAUUCUCAAUAAGUUGCCUGCCUCCCACACAUGCAAAUCUGGUGGGAAAACAAGGUUUGAGGUUGCUAAUCAUGUGCAGAAAGAGAUUGCCAAUGCAUUAGGGUUUCAGUGCACUAAUCUUACAAGGAAGGACAAGUACAUGGUUUUGGCAGGUAACAAUGGAAUAAUAUAAUAGCAUAUUUAAUGAAAAUAUUAAACCAUGUAGUUGGUAAGGUAAGGUGACAAUCCUGUGUCUAAAUUGAACCUUGUACGUCUCAAUAUGAAUUAUUGAUUUGUGCUGCUC